CAAGGCAUUCCGGAGCAGGGCCCGGGGAGAGCCUGACUGGCUCCCUGAAGCCUCCGGGGCGGCUUCUCCAGAACGCACUUCCGCGGCAGCGGAGGGAGACGAGGAGACGCGGCUCCGAGUGGGCGGGCGAGCGGGAUGCCCGAGCGGUGAGGAACCGGUCCAGAUUAUCUCUGCUUUGUGUGCAGAUGUGCUCCUGUUUCAUCUGAGUUCACUAAGCUGAUUUUGGAGGAUCAGGUACAGUAAAGGGAAUCAGUGGCAUAAGACAGGCUGUUUGGAGAAACACUAAUUACUUUGAAAUUACUGACCGUAUAGCUCAAGCUCUCCUGCCAUGGGCUGCCGAGAUGUCCACGCAGCCACCGUCCUGUCCUUCCUGUGUGGUAUUGCUUCUGUAGCAGGCCUCUUUGCGGGGACCCUGCUUCCCAACUGGAGGAAACUGCGGCUGAUCACAUUCAACAGAAACGAGAAGAACCUGACAAUUUACACAGGCCUGUGGGUGAAGUGUGCCCGGUAUGAUGGAAGCAGUGACUGCCUGAUGUAUGACCGUACGUGGUACCUGUCAGUUGAUCAGCUGGACCUGCGAGUCCUCCAGUUUGCCCUGCCUCUCAGCAUUGUGAUUGCAAUGGGUGCCUUGCUACUCUGCCUAAUUGGAAUGUGUAACACAGCCUUCAAGUCCUCCGUGCCUAACAUCAAACUGGCCAAGUGUUUGGUCAAUAGUGCAGGCUGCCACCUGGUGGCCGGACUCCUGUUUUUCCUGGCAGGUACCGUGAGCCUCUCUCCAUCCAUCUGGGUCAUCUUUUAUAACAGCCAUCUCAACAAGAAGUUUGAGCCAGUCUUUACCUUUGACUAUGCAGUAUUUGUCACUAUUGCUAGCUCAGGGGGUCUGUUUAUGACUGCUCUUUUGCUGUUCGUGUGGUAUUGUGCAUGCAAGUCUUUGUCCUCUCCUUUCUGGCAACCACUGUACUCACAUCCUCCCGGGAUGCACACUUACUCACAGCCCUAUUCAUCACGGUCCCGCCUCUCUGCUAUUGAAAUUGAUAUUCCAGUAGUCUCACAUAGCACUUAACAGAGAUAUAAUUAACUGUUGAAAGGAUGUCUUGUAGCCUCACAGCCCCCUGCAUAACGAGCCUUUUUGGACCUGUGUACAUUUUUCCUAUGUUCCUUACCAGUCAGUGGAGCCAAAUUUGUCUAUCUUGGUAGAAUGAAAUGCUGCUAGAUUUUAUGAGGUACAUAUUGCAUUCUUCUAAAUGUGAAACAUUCCUUUUAUCUUGCUUCUAAAACUAGAAGGGUCUUUAGCCUCUUUGUUGAUGUCUGAUCAAUUACUUAUGUGAAAGGACCUGUGAUAAUGACUGAGGCAAUGAAAACAGCAUAUUGAAUAAUGCUGUUUGAUCCUUACCAAUAUUGCAGAUUGUGCAUUGUCUCCGAUGACUUAAAAGUGAAAGGGGCAGUUUCAAAUUUAAGACAUUUUGGUCGGAUAAGGCUAAUAGUUUGUCUUCAGAACUCUACCAGCUUGAAGAUAUAAUUUCAUUCUCUCUUGGGACUAAUUGAAUUGGUAUCAGUAUACUGAAGAUUACUAUCUUCUACCUCAUUUCAGUGAAAAGUAAAAUGCAUUUUAAAUGAUGGCAGAGUAAGUCUAAUGUUUAAAUACGGUUAACAUUUGACUUGUUCAUUGGUUUCAGACAGGGUCUUGCUGUGUGUAGCUCUGGCUGGCCUAGAAAUCACUCUGCAGACCAGUCUGUACUCCUCCUGAGCACUAACUACAAGGCACGUCCAACUAUAUAGGGUGCCACAUAAGUUUUAGUUACUGGUUAUAUUGCUGGAGUUUAAAAUGUGUCAAGAGACAGUAUAUUGCUUCAUUUGAAGCAAGAAUCCCUUUCCAGAUACCCCAGUCAGGUAGUGCUUGCUCUUAGUGCCUAGGACAAAGGAGUAAGAAGUUGUUGAAGCCAAAUGGUUGUCUUUUAGGGCACGUGAGUCUGUUCUUCAGUGUCGGUGCCAAAGAUUCAUUUGGUGGCUACUACUUGAGUAGGUUUAUUGUGUUCAGUUCCUGCUUCAGGACUAAUUGCUUGCUUCUCACACUGCUUAGCACUUGAGUAAGUACGUUAGAGGAUACACAAACAGGAGAAGUAGCCAUGUCUGUGUAGGAAUUUUGAUCUAAUACACCUGAUAACCAGUGGAAGGUCUGACUUUAUGGUAGCUGGUAAACUUGUAAAGCAUUGGCCCAGGAAUGUAUUUCACCUGAAACAUGUCCUUCUAACACAGUCAGCCUGUGGUACACCACCAGCGAUAGCCUGGACACUGGAAAUUCACUUUAGUUAGGUCUCCUCCCAUAGCCGUAAUAACGGUCUCAGAUCAUGAGAAUGGGAAAAUAGGAGAGAGAUUAAAUUAUACUACCUCUGAAACUAAGAUGAUACAUUAAAGAGGGACAAAUUUUAAAAAUAUGUCUUCUGAUGUGAUGUCAAGUGGAUAAAACCAUGUCAGUACUAAUGUCUCACUUUGACAUUGGGGAGUGCUGGGUCUUAACUCUUAGGGAUUUGAGCUGCUCAUUAAUUAGUAUAAUGUCCACUUACUAGCAUUAUGUUUGUAAAGAUUGUAGUAUAUUAUGGUUAUAGAUUUUUACAAGCAGCUAGUUUUAUGGUAACAGUUUAUGAUGCCUCUUUUUCAAAUCUGAGUAUUUCUAUAGAGAUAUAUAGUACUUUUCCCUAAGUCCAACACUACAGUAUGUAGGCAAGUCAAUCCAAUUGAAAUGCCGUCAAUACAAAGCAUGCACAUCUAUGUUUUUUUUUGUUUGUUUGUUUUUGUUUUUGUUUUUGUUUUUGUUUCUUUAAAUUAUGGCUUCUAGUCUUUUCCACCUCUGGUUCUUCUCAUUCAUAAAUAGAGCUGGGUGUUGGUCAUUCCAAGAUAAUGGCAGCUAGAAUUUUGAGACUAAUAAUAGAUUUUUUCCCCCUUUGUUAAUUAAUCUUAGUUCUUCUCUCACUAAACUGUUUUCAGAAGGAUUAAGAAUUCCACCAUGCCUUGGUAUUAGUAUAAAGAAUAAAAGUAGGGCCAGGUGUAGUGGCUUUUGACUUUAAUACCAGUACUCAGGAGGCAGUGACAGGUGCAUUUCUAGAAAUUCUGGUCCCCAAAGCAAGUUCUAAGCCCGUCAGAGCUACACAGUGAGACCCUGUCUUUAAAAAAAAAAAUUAGGAAAAUAAAGUGGACUCAGCAAUGGGAAUAGUAGACACUUUUCAGUUUCCAGGAUUGUAACUACAAGCAUUAAGCUUUCCUAGGAGGAUCCUUUGGCAUUAUCAUCUAUAGCCUCCAAUUACUGUUUAUUAUGAAUUCACUCAGGAAGAGAAACAGCUGUUUCUGUAUUAUCUUUUUAGUGUUUCAGAUUGGGCAUAAAUAGCUAUUUUUAAAGCCAUCAAAGGAAAGCAUGUAUUUACAAUCCUUCUACUUGAGCACUCCUGGGCUGUUACUGAGAUGGGGUGGAUAACUUCUUUUGUUGCUAAAAAGCUGUUGAUUUUAAAGGCCUUCUAAGGAGCCAGUUUGGCAAAUAUCCUUGAAUGUGAGAUGGUGCACAGAAUGUGAGAUGGUGUGAGAAUUACCCAGCUUUGGGAGAAGAAUAAAUCUAAGAUUCCGAGUUCACUCUGCUUGUACAUAAGCCCUAUGACGGAUAGUGUGUGCUGUAAACCUCAGUGGGUGAUGGACAGUGUGUGCUGUGGACCACACGGUAGAAACCUCAGUGGGUAUGCUGUGCUGCCUCGUGUUUAUUAAAAGAUGUAUUUUUACAA